AUGAAGAACAUAAAUUAAUUUCAAAGUCUGGAUUGCCAAUUAGGUGAUUAAUAUGACCCCACAGCCAAAAUAGUUGUUUCGUCUCGCCAGGAGAAGGAUGAUUAUUUACUACCCCGGAUUUGCAAAUAAAUUGAAUUCUACUUGGGAGAUGCGAACCUUUUGCAUGAUAACUAUUUCAGACGGCUACUCCAAGAGAAUUAGGGUUGGAUUCCUUUGGAGGCAUUCUUAUAAUGUAAUAAGAUAAAAGUUAUACUUCGUAAUUAUCCGAAAGGAUCGAAGCAACAAGUGCUCAUUCUAAUAUAUGCAUUGAAAAGAAGUGACAUAUUGGAGGUGGAUGAGGAUCGAGGGAUGGUGAAGAGGAGAAUUCCAUUUGUUGACAAUAGUCACUUUAUGGAUGAGAGGACCAUUUAUGUGGAGAACAUUCCCCGAGUCGUGGAUCAAUAAUUGUUGCAUCAGAUUUUCAGCAGAAUAGAUAAGCAGGUCUUGCAGGUGAAGAAAUUCGACACGUAUGGAUUUAUAACCUUUCUCAACAUCGAGAGUGUAAACAAGGCCAUUCAAGUUUGCAACAACCUAAUACCUAAAGAGAUUAUGGAGAGGGAAAUAAUGAUCAAAGGCGGAUUACGAGUGAUGAGUAAGAUCGAUUGGCUCAAUUACAAAAAUUAGUGCAAGUAGUUGAAAUAGAAAAAGAUUAAUGAACUGAUCGAGGAGCCUGUCAAAUUGAAAAUUAAGCAGAUUCAAACUCAAGAUCUAAAAAUCGAAGAGUUGCGCAUCGCUGUUGGUCACGCUGUCAAUCCUCGACUGGUGAAGCACAUUAAUAUUGAGGCUGACACAUGCGUCAUUGAGUGUGCAAAUCAAUUUGCAGCAGACUCAAUCAAACUCAACAUCUUUCGCAUCCAAAACUAUGAUGACAGAUUCUGUAAUUCCUUUUUGGACAUUUCAUGA